AUGAACAGAUCAGACAGACAGGAAAAAGAGCAAAAGGGAGCAAAUACCGAAAGAGAAAGGGAAAGAGAAAACAACAACUCAGAAGAAAAUAUGGACACGCACAGACUGGCAUAAGGAAGCAUGCAGCAAACAGAAAGGAUAGCAGAGAAAGACAGGGUGAAAGUCUAGAGUUAUGACAGAGCUAUAAAGACAAUCACAUGUAACUUGUAUUUAAAUCUAUGGAGGAAUCAGUCUAAUGAGGCCUGCAUGGAUAUGUUUGUCUCAGAACGCACGCAUACUAUAUCUUAUCUUCUCUCUCUGCCAUUACACUCAGGCGAUCACCAUUCAGGCGUCGGGGAACGCCGUCGCGGCUCCAGUUCAGGGAAGUGCACUGUUCUCCGUGGACAUCACGUGCAUCGGGACUCCGGCAGUCAGAUGGGUGUUCAGUUCUGUAAGCCGACGGCAAAGGAUCGCAGCUUGGAUCCUCGGCGGCUCUGCCAAUGUCACGCAAAUGUACGAGGGAAGAGUGCAAACGCAUCCCAACGGUUCUCUGACCUUAUCCAACUUACGUCUCCAAGACUCCGGCUACUACAUCAUCACCGUGACAGAAACGUCUGGUAACAGCCAAGACAUGGGUCUGGUAUUGAGUGUAACUGAGGUUCUGCACGAGGACAUGCAGUUCUUGGUGGUUUUCGUCAUUGUGCUGGCGACCCUGGCUGCUUUCCUGAUGCUGUGUAUGUGGCUCUGGAAUAAACUCCACCGCUUCAUAAAAGCCUGGAUACAGAGCAGAUGCUUACCAGAGCACACGGAGACCGAACUACAGCCACUGUGACGGAAACACACUCGCUCAUUAACGUGUGUGAGAUGAAGAGGACGAGCCGAGUGAAGAACUUCACAUCC